CGCUAUCUACAUAUUUAAUGUUAAGGUCAUCAGUUCAGUGACUGCAUCGCUACGGUUCGAUGGCGCCCUUAACGUGGAUUUAACAGAGUUCCAGACGAACCUGGUUCCGUACCCACGGAUUCACUUUCCUCUCACAACUUUCGCGCCAAUAAUCUCAGCAGAGAAGGCAUACCAUGAGCAGAUGACGGUCAGCGAUAUAACUCAGCAAUGCUUCGAACCAGGAGCACAAAUGGUGAAAUGUGAUCCUAGACGAGGUAAAUACAUGGCCUGCUGCCUGCUUUAUCGUGGUGAUGUGGUCCCGAAGGACGUCAACGCAGCGAUUGCUUCUGUGAAAACCAAGAGAACCAUCCAAUUCGUAGACUGGUCUCCAACCGGAUUCAAGGUUGGCAUCAAUUAUCAGCCUCCAACAGUCGUGCCAGGUGCCGAUCUGGCGAAAUUACAACGAGCCGUAUGUAUGCUCUCAAAUACUACAGCUAUUGCUGAAGCAUGGGCCAGACUCGACCACAAGUUUGACCUGAUGUAUGCAAAAAGAGCUUUUGUACACUGGUUAGUUUUUGAAAAAAAUUUCAGCCAGUAAAG